AUGGCAAGGACCAAACAAACAGCACGGAAGUCGACGGGGGGGAAGGCGCCGCGGAAGCAGCUGGCGACAAAGGCGGCGCGGAAGUCCGCGCCAACGACGGGCGGCGUCAAGAAGCCGCACCGGUACCGUCCAGGGACGGUCGCGCUGCGGGAGAUCCGGCGGUACCAGAAGAGCACGGAGCUUCUGAUCCGGAAGCUGCCGUUUCAGCGACUUGUGCGCGAGAUCGCGCAGGAUUUCAAGACAGACUUGCGGUUUCAGUCGUCAGCGAUCGGCGCGCUGCAGGAGGCCGUCGAGGCGUAUCUCGUCUCGCUCUUUGAGGAUACGAAUCUCUGUGCAAUCCACGGCAAACGUGUGACCAUCCAGCCUAAGGACAUGCAGCUUGCACGCCGUCUUCGGGGGGAGAGAUCAUAA